GUUGGUUACACUUCGAUUCCACUGACAGGUAUUGGCGUCGACUUGGCAGGGCGUUAGUGUUAAAUGGCGGAAAUAUAGUUUAGUCACUGUAUAAUACCGAGUUAUCGCGACUCUUUUUAUCGUUUGCCCCUGGGUUAGUUCUGACAGACCUCAACCUCGUCCGCCCCUCGUCCGCCUUGUCAACCCCACAGUCACUCGUUAAUCUCACCAUUCACUCGCUGAUAGUCGUCAUUCACUCAUUUUUAUUAUUUAUUUUUAAUUAAUAUUAUAAUUAAUCAUCAUGGCGCGAUUGUCUACUUCGUUAAUGCUCUUCUGCCUCCUCGGCAGCACUCUCGCCGUUGCAAGGGAACCAUACGACCAGGAGACGCAAAAUGCUGACGCAACUUGCGAUAAUGGAUGCUUCUCAAAGUACUUUACCAAUAUGUGCUCAGAUGACGCAGGGUGCUUGUGCAACCAGAAGGAGCAUCGUGAGGGAUACCUUUGCUGUAUGGCAGAGAACUGCGCCCCUAGAGUCUAUCCAGAGGCCCUCAUACGGACUUCCUUGGCAUGUGAAACCAGAAACUUGCCUUACGAAUUCGAUGUGGAGAAGGUCUGCGGCAUUACCCUGACUACCACCUACGCUCCUCCCGUUCCUACCAACACUGCUGAGGCUGCAUCGGAUUGCGACAACGACUGCUUCUUCAAUAGCUUUGCAGGCGGUUCCUGUACAGAUGACCCAGCAUGCAUGUGCAACCAGCAAAAGUAUCGUGAGAGAUACUUUUGCUGCAUGGCCACGAACAAGAACUGCCCCAGUUCAGUCUUUCCCGACGCUCUCGAGCGCCACACCUCAAACUGCGCAGGGAGAAACAUCCCAUUUACUUUCGACGUGGAGAAAGUCUGCGGCAUUAAGCUGACUACUUCAUCUUCUGUUGUGCCAACUGCUACUCCUACCGCCGCCAGCGACUCCACCAAGUCGUCAACUUCGGAAACCACCAGCAAGGCUUCGACUCCGGACAGCACUACCAAGGGUUCAACUCCUGACGAGGCUUCGUCUUCAAGCGCCUCCGAGGCUUCAUCUACAGAGAGCGUUACUCCUGUACCCAACAGCGCGCCACAAGCGACUGUCAUAUUCAAUGGUGUUGCAAUUUUUCUUGCUGCGUCUGCAAUGCUAUUCCUGUAGAUGGGAAUAGGAUCCAAUAAUCACAUUCUCUGUUUAUCUAGUACGCGAUUAUAUAAUAGAUAAUAGAUAAUAUUACGUGUUGGGUUCGGGCAAUAGAGCUCGGCCACCUCAAACGUUUUAUUUUUUGAAAACCUGCGGUAUAUAUGAUAUCGGCUCAGUUGUCAGGGUGG